AAAAGUGACUGAAUCAUAAUAAUAAGGUUUCGUUGUUUCUCAAAAGAAGAAGGGGGGGAUGGGUUGGACUUUUUGGUGAAUUCUGCGCCGAACUUUUUCUGAAAUUCCGCCUCACGCCAAAAAACUUCACCAGUUUAUAUUCGCACGACCGUCUCAAGCGUACCCUGAACGCAACCACCACCACCACCACCACCACCACCACCACCACCACCGACCAAGGUCAGCCACGGCGUCCGCCCCACGAGAGCUAGUAACGGGGCACCCAGACCUCCACGUACCCCAUCCCGCCCCCACACACACCGGGCGGCUUCUUCAUCCACACACACGAACAUGGGAGUUUGACUCCCGGGCUGAAUUAAACGACGGACUAUAACACACGCUUGCGAAGUGACAACCAUGUUGGGUAACGCGGGGUCUUACGCCAACAAGAAGAGGAAGAAGCCCGUUCUCAAACAGAAGAAGGUGUCGGAGGCCAAUGAGGUCGUCAAGUCCAACCCGUCGAAGCGCCACCGGGAUCGGCUGAACGGCGAGCUGGAGCGGCUCACCGACCUGCUGCCCUUCUUCGGGGAGGUGCGCUCGCGCCUGGACAAGCUGUCGGUGCUGCGCCUCAGCGUGGGCUACCUGAGGGUCAAGAGCUACUUCAAAGCCACGAUGAACUCCAGCAGCAGUCGGAUGUUCCCCGACCUCAACGGGCUGAACGGGAACAGCGCGGACGCCUCUGGCUUCUCCGAAGGGGACCUCCUGCUCCAGGCACUGAACGGGUUCGUGAUCGUGGUCACGUCGGACGGGUCGGUGUUUUACGUCUCCGCCACAGUCAAAGACUACCUGGGCUUCCAUCAGUCCGACGUGGUCCACCAGAGCGUGUUCGAGCUCAUCCACACGGACGACCGCGCCUUGUUCCGCCAGCAGCUUCACUUCGCCCUCAACCCGUCGUCUAACGCCGCCGCCGGAGACAGCCUGCAGAGCUGCAGCAGCGUGGUGAUGUACAGCCCCGAGCAGCUGCCCCCGGAGAACUCGUCCUUCCUGGAGAGGAGCUUCGUGUGCCGCUUCCGCUGCCUGCUGGACAACUCCUCCGGCUUCCUGGCUCUGAAGUUCCAGGGCCGACUGAAGUACCUCCACGGCCAGAAGGUCUCCAACGGCGGCGGCAGCAAGCCUCAGCUGGCGCUCUUCAGCAUCGCCGUGCCGGUGCAGCCGGCCACCAUCGUGGAGAUCCGAGCCAAGCUGCUGCUCUUCCAGACCAAGCACAAGCUGGACUUCACGCCGAUGGGCGUCGACAGCAGGGGGAAGAUCAUUCUGGGCUACUCGGAGAUGGAGCUGUGCAUGAAGGGCUCCGGCUACCAGUUCAUCCACGCCGCCGACAUGAUGCAUUGCGCCGACAACCACAUCCGCAUGAUUAAGACGGGCGAGACCGGCCUGACGGUGUUCCGGCUGCUGACGAAGUCGGGCGGCUGGGUGUGGGUGAAGUCCAACGCCAAGCUGAUCUACAAGGGGGGGCGGCCCGAGUUCAUCAUCGCCUACCAGAGAGCUCUCGUCAAUGCCGAGGGCGAGGAGCACCAGCGCCAGCGGCGUCUGCAGCUCCCCUUCAGCUUCACCACGGGGGAGGGCGUCCUGUACAACACCGGGCCCGUGGUGGACGUGGCCCAGUUCCAGUUCAACCAGAUGUUCAGCAGCGUGGAGCAUGUGAAGAAGAACGCGACGCCGCACUCGCUGCUGGACUGCUUCCUGUCCCAGGACCAGUCGGCCUACCUGCCGACGCCGGACACCCCGCUGCCCGUGGACCAGGUGUUCAUGGACAGCCAGGCGCUGAUCAGAGUGUCCGGCGACUCGUGGCAGGGCGGCGGCGCGGCGGGCGACGCCGUCAUCGUGAAGGAGGAGGCCAAGCAGUCGGUGAUGGCCGUGAUCAACGACCUGGAGAAGAUGGCGCGCGACGGAGACUUCUGCGCGGCGCUGCAGAACCUGGACGUGAGCGACGCCGAGCUGAUGGAGUGGGAGAACACGCUGAAGAGGCUCGGCCAGGACGGCGAGCCGGCGGGCGCCAUCACGUCGGACCUGGAGAGCGUGCUCACCAACGACAUCUUCGACUUCAUCGACAGCGUCUUGUUCAAGGAGAAGGGCGACGAGGGCCUCGCGGCGCCCGGCUGCCUCGCCGCCGCCGGCCACCGGCCGGAGCCCUUCGGCCCGCCGGAGCUCGGCGAGACGGCGAGCCCCGAGAGCGCCUACUCUGCUCCGAUGAACGGCCUCUACGCUCGCCAGCGGGAAGCGAUGGCCGCCCCCCCCGCGGCGCCGCCUGCGAUGUUCACCCAGAAGCUGACCCACCUCGGCCCCCUGAUGGCGCCGCCGCCGGCGGACGCCGACCCGCCCGCCGCCGCCGCCGUCCACCAGCUGCAGCUGCGCGACAUCUUCAGCCCGUCGAUUGAGCUCCCGGAGCUCACCGUGCCCGGCGCCCCGGCCCCCUACCCGUCCUGCGGGCGGGCGCCGAGCGGCCACGCCCAGACGCGGCCCGGACGGCUCCCGCAGAACAGUUUCCCGCCUCCCGCGGUCGCGCCGGACAACGUGGCGAUGGACGUCCUGCCGCCGCUGAUUCCGUGCGAGGCCUUCGGCGCUCUCGGCGCGCCCAAUAUCCCCGCCCCCUUCGCCGCGCCGUGCCUUCAAGGCGGCGCCGCGUUCCAGACGCACGGCCAACAGGCGCAGCAGUGGCAGCAGAGGCCGCCGCACGCCGCCGCGCACAGCGGACACGAGGUGGCGGCGGCGUGCGGCGGCCAAACUCCCGGAGGCCACGCGCCCCCGCCCGCCGGCAUCUGGCCAGGCGGGGGCGCCGGACCGAACCACCACGCGCAGCAGCAGGGGGGGCUGUCGUGCGGCCAGGCGGCCGCUCACAGCAGCUGCAUGUUCGACCAGCACUUCUCCUCCAGCCCAGCAGGGGGCGACGUGCUGGCGCUCUCCGGCUCCUCGGGCCUGAGGGGGGCCGACGCCUCCCUGGACCAGAGCCCCCCUCAGGGCUCCUGCUACUUCAAGUGGGGCCACGGGGCCUCCGUGGUGAGCUCGGCCGCCAUCGACCAGGAGAAGACCAGCGUCAGUCCGCCCAGCAUGCAGCAGUACCUGGAGCGCCACCUACAGGCUCAGGACGAACGAGUCCCCGACGACCUCAAUGGGAUGUUCGCCCCCCCCCCCGGGACGUGGCCAUGUACCUGACUACAGGGCUACUUCCUGGAGGAGGACUAGACUCCGAAUAGUUGGCCUGUAUCAGCGCUCAUCCACAGACUCUCACGCCUCCCUCAUUUUACUUAUUUUUAUAUGUAUAUAUCACUCUGUACCAUUUAUAUUCUCUGUCCAGUCUUGUAUUGUUUAAAAAAAACAAAGAAGCUGCGCCUCGUCAGUUUUGAGUGAAGAUGCAAGAUAUUAAUAAUGAAGUAUAUGAAGCCACAGGAUGGAGCUUGAGCCAGCUAGGAGGGUCAAGUGAAUCCAAAUAGCCAAAGAAAUAGGUUUUUAUAAGGGAAGCCAGGUGUCGUCACGUCCGGGGACAAUUCACAUUCAUCUCCCGAUUUUAUAAACACCGAAAAUACUACGAGAACGGAAAAAAACUAAGAAUGUGAUGUUUUUAUUAAAUAUAUAUAUAAAUAUAUAAAUAUAAAUUUCGAUGAGGACCUUUCUAAAAGAUGUCGUCAUCGUCAAAAAUGUAAACAAAAUUGUUAAUAAAUCCUGUAAAAGUGAAAACGUCAACGUGACGUUAUUUACAGAUGAAAAUUAAAUUUGUAUAUUUUAAUUUGUAAAGUUAGUAUUUGUUUCUAAACUCUGAAAUGUAAAGAGCGCCUGUUUAUUAUCCGUGAGCAUGAAUGUGCUUUUUGUGGAGAACGCCGUGCAGAGAUUUCUCAAAGUAUAAACUACAUAGAAAAUGCAACGGCAACAGUUACCGUGUCACGGAAUAAGCGCCCGCAGGAAACAACGCUUGUUUCGUGACACGUAACUGUAGCUAGCAUUCGCUUUGCUGCCUGCAAACUUAUUUAUAUAUAUAUAUAUUUAUAUAUAUAUGAAUAUAUGUAUAUAUAAAUAUUUAUAUAUAUAUAAAUAUAUUUAUAUAUAUGAAUAUAUAUAUAUAUAUAUUUAUUAAUAUAUUGAUCUAUAUAUAUAUCAAUAUAUUUAUUUAUAUAUAUAUAUAUUGAUAUAUUGAUUAUAUAUAUCAAUAUAAUUACAAAUAUAUUGAUAUAUAGAUCAAUAUAUUUAUAAAUAUAUUGAUCUAUAUAUUUAUAUAUAUAUUUUGGAUCUGUUGCAUUAAUCGCUUUCGAUGACGUUCAUAACGUAUUUUUUUUCUUCUUUAAAAAAAAAAUGCAAAUGAGCAUCUGCAGUUGAGGCUUUUUUUCAACGCCGACCUCGUCGCUUUCGGGUGAAUCUCACUUCGUUCAGCAAACUGGAAGUCUGGUGCAAAAUGAGCCAAAAAUAAAUCCCUCCACGUCGUCCCUCGUUUGGAGCUCUCAAAGUUCAGGUGAGCCCGUGGUGCCUCAGGUGCUCUUCAGUUCAAAGAAUUGAAAUUUAAAAGUAUCUAAAUGGAGAGAGAAAAAACACAGUAUGCUAAAUGAAAUUAAAGAUAAUAAUACAUUAUUAUAACUUUCUUAUAUCCCAUUUAUUUACACCCUUUAGAUGAGAGCACUUAGAGGAGUAGGAGACGGACCUGAGGUCCAUUCUCCCAUCUGCUGUGCUCCCCCACAGGAGCACCCUAAAACGUAUAUAAAUAUAUAGAUAUAAAUAUAAACCCAAAUAUAAAUUUAUACGAUAGCGUCGUGAGCGUACACCGUUUCUCGUGCCUUUCAUUCCUCGCGGGCAGCUUUAAAAAAACAAAAUAUCACCCAAAAAACGUGUCUUCGUAAAAAUGUACCCGUGCCUUCUUGUGUAUUAAAAUAUUUUUUUUUUUGAAAAGGCAAAUCCUGGACAGCUGCACUAAUAUAAGGGAAGCCGUGUCCGCAGGAGAUGCAGAAUGUUUACUGUAAAGUUAAAAGAGGUUUUUUAAAAUUAUUAUCCUCGAGUGCAUUUCAAAGACUCGGGAGGAAAAUCUCGGAAAAAGUCAAAAUUUGUUCCCAUCUCACGAAGAAAAGGAAAAAAAAGUCCGUAACUAUGGAAACAAGGGAAAAUGCUUAACUUGACCUGUCUCGUUGGAGACGGUAAGAGACGGUAAUGCUUUCUGAUUAUAUUUUACUUUGUUUCCCGUUCCUGCUUUUUGUUCGUGGCUUCAGGCGUUUUGUUAUUUCCACACUACAGCCCAAAAAAAACAAAAAAACAAAAACGGUUUGGAUUAUUAACCUGAGUAAAGAAACAUGGCAGCUGUAUCGUAUUUCUGCUGCACUGUGGGAAAUAACUCUGUAUUUUUUGUUUUUGUUUUUUUGCUUCUUUUUUUUUAAGUAAAAAAGAAAAGGAAGAGAUCGCUUUCAGUAAAUAAAUGCUUUUAAAAAUUGUGAAAUCUGAGCGAGGAUGAUCCUCAAUGUCUUAACGUGGCCUUGAGGCCGCCUGUAAAGAAAAGAACACGAAGCCUUUUGAUAUUAGUACUUUCAUAUUGUCGAUGAAAAAAACCACCAAAAAAACCCAGGAGCCAAAUGUUUUAUGUUUUGAUGCUAAUAUGUGCCUCGCCAUAUUUCUGGGUUUCUUUCCCGUAAAAAAAGAAAAGAAUCAUUGUAAUCCACUUAUAUUUAGCCAAUUAGUUAUAGAAUCUAUAUCAGAAUAUAUGUUGAACAAAUAACCAGCUUUUUGUCUACUGUUAAAUGCUCUUUUUCUUUUUAUAAAAUAUGUGUGCAAUGAUUAAAACUGCGUUUGGGCUCAUUUCUUUAAACAGUA